GAGCCCCAUUCCAUCGUUAAAGAAAACUAUGGUUGCCAUGGACAGCAGAGGUGGACUACCUCGCUGGUUGCCUUCGCAGCCUUGGUAUGUAGUAGUUGGAGCUCUGCUGGCUUGCCAUUGUGCGGUCACUUUUUGUCAGUCUCUGACACCUACGAAGCCCCAGUCUUCCGUCGCUCGGAAUGCAGUGCACAACUUCAAGCGUCUCAGAACGUUGAAGAAAAUCCGUCCGGGACCUGUUCCGGCUGAGCGUGCAUGGCUUCCUUGGACACCAGGUGAAGAGGCACGUGAGCCCACUCCCGAGGAGUUGGCGAGGGAAGAAUACUUGGAGAGGAUGCUCCAAUGUGAAGAGGUCUCCUGCUCCCGGGAACUGCUAGAGGAGAUGCAGGCCAAAGAUUUGCCUCCAGCCUUGGAGAACUACCAUGCUGCACUAUUGGUGUGUGCCAACGUCACUGCAUGGCAAGAGGCCAAGGAUUUCCUCCAGGAGAUGACGCACGAACGCGUCCCACCCGAUCACACUGCAUACCAUCUCGCAAUGGACGCUGCUGGCAAAGGAUCAGGAGCUCCGAUUGAGUUCACUGAACAGCUUUUCAACGAGAUGCAAUCUCGGGCAAUGGUCCCCACUCCAGAGACCUACACAAAGGUCAUCCAUGCCUACAUCAGUCGGGGCAAUGAGAAGUUUGCGCGGCGUUUUGUUCGUGAGGCGUUCCAACGAGGAUUGCUGCAGAUUUGGACCAACGGCGGAGUAUUUUUGCAGCUUUACGACUUCCCCACAGACGUGGCUCUGUUCCUUUUGCGGCUCGCAAUCAUCGACCGCGCUAGAGAGCUGGUCGGCCGGAAAGCCGGGAAGAGGACCAUACAUGUCUUGACCAGAGAGCCUGACAUGCCGAGAAACACGCCGGGCAUGGGCCUGAGCGAGUCUGCGGUGAAGCAGGUCCUGGAGGAGUUUGGCAUUAAGGAUCUGCCCAGGGGGCUGGUGCACGCGCUUCCUUUACGCACAUUGCAUGGGUUUGAAUUUCUGAAUAUAUGUGAAACAUGUUGGAGGUGAGGAAUCAAUGUCGACAUUGACCUUGCUAUUUGAGAGGAGUCUACUACAGUCUUGCUUCCUUUGGCAAACCAACCAUCGAGAUCAGUAAGAGCUUGUUCCACAUCAUCGAACUGGCUGAAGCUAGUGCAAGGGAUCCUUGAUUGAAGUUCGUGGUGUGAUGCCAAACCAGCUAGACAUUCUUUAAUACAUACUGGUAGACCUAAAGGUGAAGCGCGGAUCACAUUUCAGCGUUGCACGCCCCGGCAGAUUUCACCGCGACAGUCAUCUCAAAGUGCUCCAAAGCUGAUGCAGUCAUAACUAAUGCGUUGUAGUAAUAUAUUGUUUUCUCUAUGUGUUUCAAUCGCACCACAAAACGACCAGUAGAAUUGCCAGGGUAAAGUGGAGCCUUCAGACUUCGGGCGCAUCCGCAUCCGCGGGGAAGAGCUCGAACGUUUUGGCUGCGAGCGGAAGGGAUUGCAAAUGAGGAAGACAGCCAAGACGAGAACAAAGGUGCGUGCUCGCUGAGAGAGGGAACCUGUCCCUCUCACCUUUGUGAGGAAAAAGCAUUGCUUCUUGGUGCCACACUAUGAAAUCUUGAUUUGGACCACAUUGCAAAGCUAUGCAAGAAUUCACAUUUUGGUUGGACAAAAGUAGAGUCGGUUCUUGCAGUUUGUGCAAUCAAAGAUGCGACAGUAUAAAACACAUGCAGAAGCAUCCAGACUCCGAACACAUCGGAC